GGGGACAAUCCUUCUUUAAACAAGGAUAGAUGGAACAGCCAACUUUAUUGUCUUUCAAUUCUCACUUGUUAAACCCAUUUUGGCCACCUUGAUUAGCUUCGAGAUUGCUGAUUCUUUGUCCAGAUGCCAAGGUUUUCCGUUGAGUCGACUUGCCUGGAUCCAGCAGAUUCCAUGAGGAAGAUGUCACAAUAAACAUGCGAUUGAUGUUUUCAAAACUGAACACCAUCUCGGCUGUGUCCUCUAACGAUUUCCAAGUCGACAACUCUGAUUUCGUCCUCAACUCAAGACAACUUCAAUCACAGUAAAUUGAAGAUAAAAAAAGUCUGACCAUUAAUCUCAUCAAUUUUGGAGGAAAUGCUGUAAUGAAGAAAAGGUAAUGAACAGGGCUUGGGAAGUACAACAUAUGUAAAAUGGCUGUGAGACAUCCUGAGGUAAUGACCAGGAGAUGGAGACGUUUUGGGGGAAUCUGUCUCUGAUGUGAUGAGCAUGAGCUGAAUCAAAGAAAAAUGAAGCGGUCUUUUGCAUUUUCAUCUUUGUCCCAACAGCAGCAGGCUAGUGGGUCUAGCAAGUUGCCAAGAAUAGAAGGACAACAAAGGUCUGACCGAGGACCUUCAAGCAGUAAACAAAAGGGGCCAUUCCCAUCUAGUGGGGAAACGAAAAGAGCAGGACCUUACUUACUUGGGCCAAGACUGCAGGCAUCACCUGUGAAAAGUAUUGUGCAAUGUUUGGCUAGAAAAGAAGGCACUGAUGACUUUUAUACGUUGAAGAUGCUCACCCUUGAAAACCCAAACAAGGAGAGCCAGGAUGACAGGCAGGGUAAGAUGCUUCUACACACUGAGUACUCUUUGCUGUCACUAUUGAGACAUCAAGAUGGGGUAGUCCAUCAUCACGGACUCUUCAAAGAUGAGGCUUGGGAGGAGAGGGAGGUUCUGGAUCCAUCUGGGCGUAUUCAGUAUACUGGUCAAAGGAAACAACGACUAUGUCUGGUCCUGGACUGCCUCAUCCCUCAUGACUUCAGCAAUAAAAAUGCAGACCUCAUUAACCUUCAGCAUUAUGUGAUUAAGGAGAAGAAAUUGACAGAGAAAGAAGCCAUUGUUAUUUUCUAUGAUAUUGUUAGGGUUGUAGAGAGUCUACACAAGAAAAAUAUUGUACAUCGUGACUUAAAACUUGGAAAUAUGGUUUUAAACAAAAGAACGCGACGGAUAAUCAUUACAAAUUUCUGUCUUGGGAAACACUUGGUAUCUGAAAAUGACUUGCUGAAAGAUCAGAGAGGCAGUCCAGCAUAUAUAAGUCCCGAUGUUCUCAGUGGCAAGCCUUACCUUGGCAAGCCCAGUGAUAUGUGGGCCCUUGGAGUUGUCCUCUUUACCAUGCUGUAUGGCCAAUUCCCUUUCUACGACAGUGUUCCCAAUGAGCUGUUCAGGAAGAUCAAAUCAGCAGAGUACACUAUACCAGAUGAUGGACGCGUAUCUCAGGAUACAAUUAUAGUUAUCAGAAACCUGAUGGUGCUCACCCCUGAAACUAGAAUGACUGCUACCCAAGUAAUGUCAGCUCUCCAGUCUGUUAUAUCCAAAUGGCGUGCCAUGUCGAGUAUGUCCGGACAGAUACAGGUGGUCCCUGAUAUUGACACCUGUCCAGUCACGGAAGAAGAUAGUAGCUCGUCAAGUGCAGGACCCUCAUCAGCAACAUCUCAAGCCAGUGAACUAGAGCAAAGACUAAACCACAUACACUCAGCUCACCAAGAGUCUUCAAAACCCCCUCCUAAGGCUCCUCUCAGUAGACGACGCACUCCAAACACACAUCCCCCUAUACGCAGGCUUAAUACAGAUGCCCAGCCACUGACACACGCUGAGGCCAUGUCUCAUCACCAGCUCCUGUCACAGCACACAACCUGACGAAGGUGUAUCCCCUACCCCACAACUGUGUGCUAUAAAUGUUAUCUGUCUACCUACAUGAUAUCUUCAUGUUUUAUGGCAGAGGAAAUAAUCUAAAUAGCUUGUGAAUUUUGUUGUGUUUGUGCUAAUAUACUUUUACAAAUGUGCUUUAGAAAGCAGUGUGAUAUAAUCAUUGUUCAGAAACUUGUAUACUUGUACAAAGACCAUGCAAAGCUAUCAUUCAAAAACUGAUAUACUUGUAUAAAUAUAAUGUAAAAGUUUAAUUAACUGUGAUGAAGGGGACAUGUACUGUUCCCUCUGUUUUUUUAUUUAUAUUAUGUGGAUGAUGUGUGAAGUUUCAGUAGUGGAUGUACGACCCAUUAAUAGAUAAACCACCUCUACAGUGCUGAUCUAGUAACUGGAAAAGUGCUGAAAUUUCUCGCUGUGAGAGUGAUCUCAUACCAAUAUCUGUUAGUUAUUUGACAUCAACAUUGAUUUAUUGUAUUAUAAUGAAUUAUUUUUGCUUGUUUUAUAUUAACAAAUCAAUUUGUUGAUCCAGGCUUUAAUGAUCAGCUGGUUUGUUUACUUUAUCGUUGAAGCUAGUGUAAAUGAACAACCAAUGUUUCUUGUUAAUUAGUUCUUGAAGGGUAGCAUCAGAUAAGGUUAUUUUCCAUUCUGUUUUAGGUCACCUGAUUCAUAUAGAGAACACUUUACUUGUUACAUGUCAGAAUUGUAACUUGUUAUGAAGCAUGUACGAACAUUGUUUUCUGCUGUUAUAACUAAAUCACUGAGCAUAAUGUGAUAAUUUGUGUGUUAAUGUUGAAUCAUGAUAAAUAUAAAUUAUGCCUGAAGCUGUCAUAAUUAUUAACAAAACCAUUUGUAUAAUAGAGAGCGUAGAAAGGUCUGAUCCUAUUUACAGCAUUUUGCUUUGGUCUCACUUCCCCGUGUCAACAUUUAAUAUUAUAUUUCCUUUCUAGUGUAAAAGUGAAAAGAAAAUAAUCUAUCCAGUCUAAAAUAUAUAUCAUCAAUUAGUUUUCUAUUCAAUCGUAGCACGGUAAAGAUAUGGGUUAUUGUCACACUUCUGUAUGUGCAUCAGAAGGGUGCUAAGAAAUGUGGUACCUGCUUCAUUUAAAAGGUUGUGAUUUUUAUUCAUAUUCAAACAAAACCAUAUUUAGCUAGACUCUCCAGUGGCCAGUAAAGUGUUUAUCUCUUGUUGUUGAUUAAAUGUCAUCUGAAAAUUCAUUAUUUAAUAUCACAUCCUUUUUAUUCAUAUCUGCGAUAUGAUGGCUUCUUACUUUGUACAACCAUAAUCCACAACACUCGUUCCUUAAUUGGCAUGCUUGGUUUCUUGUGCUGAAAUCAUUAUAUUAAAUAGUAAUGAUUUUGUUAUAAAUUUAGAAAACACUUUAAUAAUGACUAAACUUUUUUUAUAUUCAAUACAUGAUACACAUGUAACUUCAGGACUUUUUUUAAUUAGAUAAGUCAAUACUUUAUUUUUUAUGCCUGCCAACAGAUAUAAGAAUUACAUACUCCAUGAUAAUACUGUUGAUGAGACGUAAACAAUGCCAAACAAAACUGGAAAUUAUGAGAUUAAAGCUUGUUAAAUACAGUUGCAUGGUAUUUUCAAUAAGACAUCAGUGUUGACAAUUUUCUAAUUUUAUUUUACUUUUUGAUGUCCACAGGGACUUUGCACAAAUUCCCAAUCCCAUGGUCUGUAUACAUAUUUUAAAAAUGAAUACUAUAUACAAUGUAUAAAAAAAUUAUAAUUUCAAUAAAUUUGUCUGGUUCACUGUGCAGAUGAGUAACUACCAUAAUAUAUGUGGACUGUGUGGUUGUGGAUUUGUGCCUUAUGUAUCUGUGUAUAUGUUGCUGGUUAGAUUUAGUGAAAUAAGUAUACUUUAGAAUCACCAUCGAGAUAGGGCAAUUAAUUUAUUUCUAGGGCAGAUACUUUAGGUCACCAGAUAUCAAGUCUCAAGUGACCUAUUUUAAUUGCCUUUUGUUCGUCUUUAUGUGUUGUCUCGUCGUAAACAAUUCACAUUUUCGACUUCUUCCCACAAACCCCUGCACCAACUUCGAUGAAAUUUUGCAAAAACCUUCCAUAGCUAAAGGGAAAAAAAUGUUUUAAAUUAUAUGGUCCUCUUCCAUGGGGGCGAGGCAGAAAGGGGUUCAAUUGACUAAAAUUUCAUGGAUCUUCUCAAGAUCCAAAUAAGAUGCAUCAAAUACUCUUCAUAGAUGGAAGGGUCUUUCCCAAAAUUGUGAAUUUCAUAACCCGGGGGUCUCCCAUUUCCCCCUGGUGAGAGAGUUGACUUUAUUGCAGUUUAUAUAAGGAAAUCACAUUUUUUGAGCAUCAAUUGUUGGAUUGCCAUUGGAAGUAACACCGGUAAUUAAAACUUGGUUAGAAUUAUCAGCAUGGAAUGAAAGUUUGUAACAUAACAUACCGACCCUGAUUGAUGCCCAGGGACUGGUGGGUCAGGUCGAAAUGAGAUAAAUUGAAAGAAUACAUAUACAAGAACUGAGGUGACUGUUAGCCCAUGGGCCUCUUGUUAAACUUGUAUCAAAACUUUGUUGUAUGGUAAUGAAUGGUGAUAACAUUUGUCUGUGUUCUGUUCAAACUUUGUAUAUUUUACAUAAAUUAUUAACCUAGAUAUGUGCAAUAGUAUAUUCCUAGCGUUGGUGUUCUGAACUUUGGAUUUAUCAAGCUGCACAAUGAACCAAUGAAUGAAUGUUGACAUCUUGCAAUAUACAUCACCUAUCACAGAGAUUGGCCUCAAGGUCAAAGGUCAAAUGAUCACAAAAUUUUCCAAUAAUUUCUAGUUCAGGUCAUAACUUUUAAACUGUUAAAGAUAUCAAACUGAAAGUUGCUGUAUAUCUUUAUCAUCCACUGAUGAAAUGCAUUGUUUUAUCAUUGAAUAAUUGUGACCUUGAUCUAAAGGUUAAAAGUAAAAUAAGUUAUAUUUUGGGAAAAACCUAGUCUACUUAUACUUUUGAAGAAAUCUUAAUGAUAGUUGCUGUAUACCUUUAUGACUCACAGACAAUGUGCAGUACUCCGUCAUUGUGACAAAUACCUUGAAUGAAGGGAGGGCUUUUAGUACAGGUUCUUCUGAACUAAAUUCUUGUUGAUGUUGUCCUAAUACAAUCUUGUCAGGGAUAGAACUUUUGAAUUGUUUGAAGAUAUUUUGAUGAAACUUAAAAAGCAUGCAUCACCUACACAGUUUGCAGCGUUCUAUAAUCUGGUCAUUGCAAUCUUUAUUUUCAGGUCAAAGGUCCGCUGAGUGCAAACAUAUUCAGUGCUUACCUGGUAAUAAAUAAACAUAAUCUCUAGUUAAUGUUGUAGUUCUCCUAUUGUUCCAUUUAUUGAAAAUUAACCUCACAUUUGAAGAACAAAUAUUAAAUAUAAAAAGCCUACCAUUUAAUUUUCAUAUUGACCAGUAGAGUAAUUGGAGAACUCAGUUACUGCUAUAGUUAUAGUUAUUGAGGCUAUAACAUCAUGCCACUAAUAUUUUGGUCAGAGUCCUCUGCUAAAUUCUGUGUAAAUGUAAAAUUUGUAAGAACUACAUAUGUACCAAGUAUUCGGGUCAAAAUUAAUCUUAAUGUUAUACAAAAGUGGUAAUGUAGUCACCGUGUUAUUUAAACCACAUUUAAAUCAAUUACAGCUGCCUGUUUAGGUAACAUGCCUUUUUAGAUCACCUGGGACGGAGUCUCAAAGAUACGUCUUCUAUUUUCAAAUUGAACUUUAUUGUGUGCUGUAUCCGUCAACAUUUUUAAACUUCAUAUAGAGGAAUCACAUUUUUGACCAACAUAUGGCGGAGGAAAAAAGGGUCAAGUCCCAUGCGGGCCUCUUGUUUUGCGUUAUUGCAAUCCAGACCCAGGAAUUUGAAAAGAGCGACAGAUUUGAUUCUAUCAUAUUUAUUGAUAUGGCAUAUAUAUUAAAUAGAGAGUAUGCUAUGCUAAAAACUUUAAAAUGUGAGUCUACUAAGCCCCUAUGGAUCGAUCCAUUAGGCUGCAAUUAAGCUUUUUUUUUCUUUUUUUUUUUACAUACCGUAUUACAAUAAAAGCUUUCAUAUGCCAUAUGUAGCUAUAUCAAUGCCAGGAGGACAUCUAAUAUCUAUUCCUGUGAUAUUCCAUUGGACAAUAUUAAGCCAGUCUUCACUAUGACAUGUAGAUAUCCUCGUGCGAGGUGUUGAAUGUGCCAAACAUUAUAUACAUGUAAAUGUACUUGAGAGAGGUGCAGAGCCAAAUCUGGGAAAAUUCUGUACAAAUUACAAUAUUCAAUAUUUUAAAAAUAUGAGCAUGCAUGUUGGGUCAUUUUAGUGCAUGAAAAUGUAUCCAUGUCAUAUCCCUAGGGUAUAAUACCGGUAAUGUAGUUACUUAGUUGUGUGGUAUAAGAGAGAUCACUUACAUUUCUGGGAACAGGGAAAAACAUCUACCAGAAACAAAGAAUAUAAUGCAUAUAUGGCAUGUGGCCUGAGAAUUGGUGUUAUGUUGAUAUCGCCUUCCUCUUUACUGUCUGCAUUUUUUUUGUUUUGUACAGAGCAAUGACUGCAUGAAUAACAGACUUUACUCAGUACACCACAGCCAUUACCCAUGUCAUUUACAAACUAGUGUUGUACAUUCAUGUUAAACAUGCGUCAUAUAGAAUAAAUUGACAUGUUACUUUU